AUGUGGAGACUCAAUGAAGAAGCGACGAGGAAUCUUGUAAAGCCGUGGCGGAAGAAGAAGGCAUCCUUGUUCUUUAUUACCCUCGCUGUCCUAGCGUUGGUGCUCAUACUGGACCUCGCAUUGGCCCCUCAUCCAAGGCUGCACGUCCAGAGUCUCAAGGUAGACGUCUCCGAGCCAGUUCCGCUUGCUAUUGCGGAACUAGAUCUGAAACAAGGGAGCUUCUUCUCCCGCCUUGAGCCUCGAGGAGUGCACUGCUCCCUAGAGCCACGUCCACAAGACGACGAAACGGAGAAUAUCACUGCUGUUAUUGAUAUAGACGUACGACUGGAGAAGAAGGACAAUCUCUACCGAUUAGUAGCCUCACCAGACGAAGAAGAUGUGGAUCCCUUUGCAGAUAUUCUCUGGAAGUCAAUGACACGUCAGGACAAAUCUUCCAUUUUGGAGACGGUUGUGUGCUCCUUCAAGGUCAAAGUUCACGUGGCUCAUCUGAUUCCUAUUCCGAUCACUCGCAAAGUGGAACUAUCCGAAGAGUUGGUAGACAAACUCUUGAAUUCUCAAGCAGAGCGCGAAAAAAUGCGGGUCCGCGUCAUCUCCACCGAAAACAAUGUGAAUGCCACCGGCGAAAGUACAGCAUCUCCUGUGCGAUUUGAUGCAUUGAAACUUGGCCUGUCAAUCCCAACACCGGCAUUUGCGGACUCGGCAACCAUUGUGCUCCCAGAACUUACCGCGACUGUCCAGCCCAAUAACGUUUCUGGGUGGAAGGUUCACAUGGAGGAGACCGAAUACAUGUUUUCGACCCAAGGCGAUGGAAUCGCACUGGCGAUCACCUGCAACUCACCGGACUGUCCUUGGUUCCAGCCGUUGAUAGAUCUGUAUUUCCAUCGUGCCAGUAAGAUUAUGCUCUCCGUCCAAACUUCCAAAGCAUCCUUCCUUGAGGCCAUGUUGGGGAGUCAGCAUCAAUUCUCGGUCGAUUUCGAAAAAAAGCCACUCCCAACAAUUCCCUCGCGAUUCCUGCAGCUUGCCAAUAUUUCCCUUCCACCCUACAUUCCACCCAUUCCACCUGUUCCCUGUGCUCCUAUUCCUGCCUCUUUCAAUGCGACUUCUAUUACUUAUAAUUCGUCAUGCACGGAGAAUCCUUCAUCCCCGAACAUCACGCGAACACCAAGGCCCACGAACCUGCCGACGCCAAUGCCCACGAACCUGCCGACGCCAAUGCCCUCGUACGCGCCGACGUACAUGCCAUGGGACAUUCCUACACCACAUGCCGAUCGUACAUGGAUUUCCCACGUACACCACCAACACCACUCCAACCCCUCCAUCCCAACUCCUUCCAAUUCACCCACUCCUCCAACUCCUCCACCCACUCCACUUCCAACUCCUCCACCCACUCCACUUCCAACACCACCCCCAUCGAACUCGCCGACGCCAAUGACGUCACGGCCAACACCGUCUCCCACCCCCGUUCCAGAUUCAGAUGAAUUAGCCGAGUGCAUGGCCCUCACAAGCGACAAUGACAGUUCCGCCUUUCAAUAUGACUUGUGCUUUCUCCUUGAGCCAUCCAAAGGAAUGUCUCUGGUCAGUAAGGUCGAGGUUUAUGAUUACAUCGGGGGAGCCCAUGCCAGUUCAACGUGGGAAAGCAUCAGCUGGGAACGAGUUCAAGUGGAAACAAAGGCGAGAAUUGCGCUGAACAGCGACAAUGAUACAAUCAACUUGCAAGGAACCUUCUUGUUCGAUAUCAGAGAUGACACCAAUCUUCAGCUUGAUGCUGACUUUGUCAACGACGGGUCCUGGUGGCCUUUUGUAGUGUCGCUCAACUGGAAUGGGUACUAUGCCGGAAACGUGCUCCGAAUGAGCAUGAGCAACGGACAAGUCCAGCUUGUCGGAGAACAAGACCUGCUGACCAACGCGGUUGGUUCUGCUAUUCUCGAUAUUGAUCAGCAAACUUUUGAGAGCACUGUCGCAGACACCCAAGUCCAGUUUGAUGCCGGAGGUUGGAUAAUGGGUGAACAGUCAGUUUCGGGCAGCAGCUCUCUUGUGGUAAAAGGCGACACAAUUUGGAAUGCAGUAGUGGAUGGAAAGCUUCAAGUGAACGCUUAUGAUGACUGGAUGGCGUCCAUGGAACUCAUGGAUCAAAAGUUACAGGUUGCCCUAGAUGGACAAUUGCAGCAGCAGGACUUGGCGGCAAGUUCCAUGUGCAAGUUCAACGGAAAGGUCAUUUGGAAUACGAUUCUUCAAGGAAUGGUGCGAGCCGCCAACAGAGAGCUGGCAAUUACAGCAGAGGCCAUUGAUGAGGCACAAAUGCUGCAGCUGUCAACCGAUAUUGUUGCCAGUGACUACUCGAGGGAUUUAUCCCUUGCAGCAACAACUGAAUCUGCUGCAUUCGGGAAGCAUGCUGUAUUUCUUUUGGUUUUUGAUGUUUUCUUUCUGUUAUCUUUUUUUUCUUUGUUUUUGAUUUUUUUUUUUAUUUGUCUGUUUUAG